GCAGUGAUCGCAUUUGGGUUGAUGCUCAGGGGGUUCGAUAGAUGCGGUGAGUUUAUCCCCCCGACAGCGGGGGCGGCUUACUCGAGCAGCCAACCACGAUGCUGACACCGUGGCGGUGAUGUGUCUAUGCUGGCCCCACCGGACCAGGCCAGGGCCAAUGAGGUUCGGCACGUUGGGGCCAUCUGCACCGCCAAUGAAGCCAUACUUUCAUGCGUCUUGACAGCCCUGGGUUGCUUUUACGGUUCAAUCUCGGGUCAUCCCUCUGCAAAACUCCUCUGCUUUUACUGUUUUGUUUUAUUUUGUUUCUUGAGCAAUCACCACUGGCUGGUGCAAUUGACUCCCUUGCGAUACUACAACAACAACAACAACACCACCACGCUGCACUCGGCAGUAUUAUUCUUGAUAUUUGAGAUAUCACCAUGCCGAGAGACCUCGUCAAGAUUUCUUCUGUGAAGAGUCGGGAGCGAGAUGAAAAGAAAUCCCUGAACCAGCGGGAGUGUGAUCAAGUCUAUACUGCCAUCAAGCGGUGGAAGGCUCAUGAUGGGGCUGUCCUGGUCCCGGUCGUCCGAAAGGAGGUCGUGUCAGAGCUCCAGGAGAGGGCUAAGCCCAAGUGGUGGAAGAUGAAGAGAUCUGCCAAGUCGACACUCUGCAUC